AGAGGAAUAUACAAGCAGCAGCCUGUCCUAUACAGCAGCGGUCCUACACUGAGCAGCCGUACUCUAGCUUGCUUCUAUUGUUGGUCAAAAUGCGGCUGAUCCAGAACAUGUGCACUAUCACCGAGUACCCACCGGCCACCAACACGGACUGUGGCAGCAGCAGCAGCGCGGGCACCGCAUCCAGCCGGGUCAUCAAGAUCGCCGUGGUCGGGGGCAGUGGUGUGGGCAAGACUGCCCUGGUGGUGAGAUUCCUUACCAAGCGCUUUAUUGGCGACUAUGAAAGGAAUGCAGGAAACCUGUACAGCAGACAAGUACAGAUAGAUGGAACGAAUCUUGCCAUACAAGUUCAGGACACCCCGGGAGUACAGAUAAAUGAGCAGAAUCUGGAGUCCAAUGAGCAGCUCAACAAAUCCCUAAGAUGGGCCGACGCUGUUGUGAUCGUGUUCUCCAUCACAGACUGUAAAAGCUUUGAUCUUAUCAGUCACUUGCAUCGGCACGCCCGGCAGCUUCACCCCGAUAACAGGAUCCCUAUUGUGAUUGUCGCCAAUAAAGCGGAUCUUCUUCACCUGAAACAGGUGGAGCCACAGCACGGACUUCAGCUCGCCAACAUGUUGGGUUGCACCUUCUAUGAAGUGAGCGUCAGCGAGAACUAUAACGACGUUUACAAUGCUUUCCAGGUACUGUGUAAAGAAAUCAGCAAACAGCAGAACACAGGGACCUCUGAAAGGCGGAAAAACUCCAUAAUCCCACGUCCAAAGUCUCCAAACAUGCAGGACUUGAAAAGGCGUUUUAAGCAGGCGCUGUCUUCCAAAGUCAGGACUGCGACGUCCGUCUGAAAAGUGACUCCCAGCGUGGGGCAGUUGGAUUUUCUACGAAAAGAGCUGAUGAAGUUGCUGGUUUAGAAUGUGUAACUUUGGCAUUGACUGCUGGGAGGAAGCGCAGGAACAAAAAUGGCUGCAGUCCAGUGUGUGCAGAGCAGCUCUGCGGUAAAGCGAGGAUUAUUAGAGUACAGAUUCCUGAACAGUCAAAUGCAGUAAAUGUAUUCUAGUGAUUGCUCUUUUCUGCGACAGUGUAGCAUUUUCCUUAGUUCUGUUAACCUUUUGAGCGCUGGAGUAACAUUCAACGCAUUGAUCCGGAGUACAGAUGAUUGAACUGUAUUUGCACAAUGGACUUAAUCACCUGUAUUCCCACCCACCAUCCAUCUAUUCCAUAGAAUCUGCCCUAUGGAAUCAUUCUGUAUCUGUGUGGGUAUAUUAAUGUCUCGGAUCCACCCAGGGGCAGUGUUUGAACUCCAGCCUCACAUUGUACAAAGUCUAAUAAAGGCAGCACCAUUGUUUGUUGGAGACAUGCCAAAGCCACAGUCUCCCUCACCCUGGAGACGUCCAUCCUGGCUAGCGUAUUGUAUGAAUUGCACUUUAAAAGCCACUUGUGCUUUCUGCUUUGUAAACAGUAAUUUAUUUAUUUUUUAUUUUAUGUACAAUAAAACUCCCAUUGGGACUACCUUUUUAA